GCUCAGUGAAUUCUGCUGAAGAUGAGGCAAGUACUUGGGAGCUCAGCCACAACAACUUCUCCUUGAGCCUAUCCGUUCUGUCUCCUCAGGAAAAGAGGUUUGCUAUAAUGACCUUGGAUGCUUUUCUGACACUGAGCCCUGGGCAGGCACAGCCAUCAGGCCCCUAAAACUUCUCCCUUGGAGCCCUGAGAAGAUCAACACACGCUUCUUGCUCUUCACCAAUGAGAACCCAAAUGCUUUCCAGGUUCUCCAGCCCUCUGACCCAUCAACCAUUGAGGCCUCCAAUUUUCAAGUGUCCAGGAAGACUCGGUUCAUCAUCCAUGGCUUCAUAGACAAAGGAGAAGAGAACUGGGUGGUAGACAUGUGCAAGAACAUGUUCCAAGUGGAGAAGGUGAACUGCAUCUGUGUGGACUGGAAGAGAGGCUCUCAGACCACCUAUACACAGGCUGCCAACAAUGUGCGAGUAGUGGGUGCCCAGCUGGCUCACAUGCUUGACGUCCUUGCGACAAACUACAGCUACUCGCCUUCCAAAGUCCACCUCAUUGGCCACAGCCUAGGAGCUCAUGUGGCGGGGGAAGCAGGAAGUCGGACUCCAGGCCUAGGCAGGAUUACUGGACUGGAUCCCGUAGAAGCAAAUUUUGAAGGCACUCCUGCAGAGGUCCGCCUUGACCCCUCGGAUGCCAACUUUGUGGACGUGAUUCACACAGAUGCAGCUCCCUUGAUCCCCUUUUUGGGUUUUGGAACAAAUCAAAUGAUGGGUCAUUUUGACUUCUUCCCCAACGGAGGACAGAACAUGCCCGGGUGCAAGAAGAAUGCCCUGUCACAGAUUGUGGACCUAGAUGGCAUCUGGUCAGGUUGGAGAUACCGGGUUUCCCUGACACUGUCUGGAAGAACAGUCACUGGGCAGGUCAGAGUGGCUCUGUUUGGAAGCGAGGGCAAUACUCAACAGUACGAUAUCUUCAGGGGCAUUUUGAUGCCAGGUGCUACGCAUUCCAGUGAGUUUGAUGCCAAGCUUGAUGUGGGAACAAUUGAAAAAGUCAAGUUCCUUUGGAAUAAUCACGUAGUAAACCCAAGCUUCCCCAAAGUGGGUGCGGCCAAGAUCACUGUGCAAAAGGGAGAGGAGCGGACCACGUACAACUUCUGUAGUAAAGACACGGUGAGAGAAGACAUUCUGCUCACUCUCUUGCCUUGUGACACCCCAGACGCCAUGUGACCUCAUCAGUACCAAUAAAAAUCCUCUGCUGCACAUAACC